AAAAAAUAAAACAUGUCCCAUCAUGACCAUUCGCCGUGUGGCGAAAUGACACAAAAACGUGACUUCCAUAGCAUUGCAUUACCCCAGGUCCACAGCCAAUCGUUGAGUUAUGGUAGUCGUACAUUUUCCACAGCAUCGGGUUCACAGACGUUCGGCUCGAAACCAAAAUUGGGUUUGGGUGUCAAUGCCCAGACAGGACGUCUUCAAUGGUGUCCCGGUUUUACAUGUUGCAAACUUUUGAUUAUCAUUCCAGUGAUAAUGCUACCGAUUACCUUGGUGCUGAUUCUGCUGAUGCGCAUGGAUGGCAUGUUGAUGGCCUUGCAGAUGCAUCAACAUCAUCGCCAUUCACAUAGAGGAGGGGGUGGAGGAGGAUUGGGAUAUCAUCAGGAUCAAGAGCCACCCUUGUAUUUGGAAGAUUAUGAGGGUGCCAUGGAUAAUGAUCCCUAUCAGGAUAUGAUCAGUGAACAAUUGCUAAUACCAAGGGAUAAAAAGGUGCGCCUUAGCGAGGAGGAGAGAAUAAAACGUUGCAUUUCCUUUCGUUUUGGUUUGAGUGAAUCGCUGGAUUGGGAGGAUCGGGAUCUAAUGAAAGAUGCCCGUACUUCAUUUUUACCAAGGGAUACAACAGUUAUCCCGCGCGAAUGUUUGGAAAACUUCAAUGGGCACUCUCGCAUCACAAAUUAUAAUGAGUUCGAUUUGAAUGCGUUACUGGAAUCGUAUGGACGCCGUAGGAUACGUCGAGAUAAUACCGAGCAAGAGGCUCCUUCAAUGGAUGAGGCUGAAGAGGAGGAGAAGGAUGAGGGCGUGGAAAAGCAAGACGAAUCUCUGAGACCAAAAGAAGAAUUUAAUCCAACAUCUGAAUCAAUUUCCGUUUUGAAAUCCUUUUGGAAUGACCAGACCACCAAGAAGAGCAUGCGUGAGGCUCAGGCUCGAACAAUGAAACUCUAUAUGAAUACCUCGGUAGAUCCGUGUGAUGAUUUCUAUCAAUAUGUUUGUGGCAAUUGGGAGAAACAUCAUCCUAUACCCAAGGAUAAGGCUGGGUUUGAUACCUUCGAAAUGUUAAGAGAAAAUCUGGAUAUUGUCCUCAAGGAGUUGUUGGAAUCGAAGGACUAUGAUGACACUGCACCCAAGAAAGUGGAACACAUUGUGGCCAAUACUUAUGAACAGCUGCCCAACACCCAGGCAGAUAUUGUGAAACCUGUGCAGUCGCAGGAUACCGAGGAAAUCGAACGAGAGAAAUUGGUACAACAUUUGCUGGAGGAACGUGAGGCUCUGGGCCAGUUGCUGGAACGUUACAAAAGAGACUCAAGGAUAUUCACCAAUACAAAAAGGAAACGUUUUACAUCACAUCCAAAUGCCUCGGAAUCGUUGUUGUCCUAUACUUCAUAUCGCCAAAAGAGUGGCUUUACAGCCCAACCGCCUUUGGUUACCUUUCAACCCACCUCCACUCCCCUUCAUAGAGGCAAUUCCAAUGAUGCUCACACUAAAGCUCGGCAACUUUAUCAAUCCUGUACAAAUAUUAAACUCCUCGAAGAAAGGGGCAUACAACCUCUAUUGGAUUUGGUGCAAAGUCUUGGGGGCUGGCCAGUUUUGGAUGAAAAUUGGUCAUCCGACAAUUUCGAUUGGCUUAAUCUCACCGCCCAUCUGAGACGCUAUAACAACGACAUUCUUAUCGUCCAAUGGGUUGGACCCGAUAUUAAAAAUUCCGAUGAAAAUAUCAUACAAUUUGAUCAAACAAAUUUGGGUUUACCCACACGCGACUACUAUCUGCAGGAUGUCAAUGCCAAAUAUUUGAAUGCCUAUCAGAGAUUUAUGGCCGAUGUGAUGCACAAAUUAGGGGCGGAUAAAGAGCAGGCCACCAAGACAGCAGCAGAUUUAAUCAGUUUCGAAACCCAAUUGGCUUCCAUAACAGCCCCCGCGGAGAAACGUCUCAAUGUCACCAAACUUUACAAACGUAUGACACUCAGUGACCUCCAUUCGCUCAUACCGAAAAUUGAUUGGUUGCGUUACCUUACCAUACUGCAACAGCGCAACGUUCAGGAUUCUGAAGAAGUUGUCAUCUAUGCCACAGAAUAUAUGCAAGACUUGGUAAAUCUCCUCGAUUGCACAGAUCCUCAAACCAUUGCCAAUUAUUUACUAUGGCGUUUCGUGCGACAUCGUAUCAAUAACGUCGAUGAUCGCUUCGAUGAUACCAAACAAACAUUCUACCACACCCUCUUCGGUCGCGAAGAGACGCCCUCACGUUGGAAAGUCUGUAUCUCCCAGGUGAAUACCAAUAUGGGCAUGGCUCUGGGCUCCAUGUUUGUUCGCAAAUAUUUCGAUGAAAACAGCAAACAGGACACUCUAAAAAUGACCUAUGAACUACAGCAAGCAUUCCGCGAAAUACUCAAAACCACCAAUUGGUUAGAUCCUCAAACCAAACAUCUGGCCGAACAAAAAGUCAACGCUAUGUCAUUGAAAAUUGGCUAUCCUGAUUUUAUACUCAACACUGAAGAGCUAAAUGAAAAAUACUCUGGCAUUGAAAUUGACCCGCAAAAAUAUUUCGAAAACACUCUGAAUGUCCUACUGCACACAACACGCACCGAACAAAAUAAACUCCACGAACCGGUGAAUAAAACCACUUGGCAAACAGCCCCCGCCAUUGUUAACGCCUAUUAUAGCCGUAAUAAAAAUCAAAUUAUGUUUCCUGCUGGUAUUUUACAACCGCCAUUUUAUCAUCGCCACUUUCCCAGAUCGUUAAAUUUCGGUGGAAUUGGUGUUGUUAUUGGUCACGAAUUGACACAUGGUUUCGAUGACAAGGGCCGUCUGUUUGAUCGCAACGGCAGCAUUCACAAAUGGUGGACAGAUUUAUCUAUUAAGGGAUUUGAUGAACGUGCCCGCUGCAUUAUAUCCCAGUAUGGCAAUUAUACGGUGAACGAAGUUGGCAUAGCGUUGAAUGGUGAAAGUACGCAAGGUGAAAAUAUCGCCGACAAUGGUGGUAUACGACAGGCAUUUCAUGCCUACAAAAAAUGGCUACAAGACAACCCCGAAGAAGCGAAAGAUGAAUAUUUACCCGGUAUCGAUAUGACGGGAGAACAAUUAUUUUUCCUCAAUUUCGGUCAAGUGUGGUGUGGUGCUAUGCGACCCGAAGCGGUACGCAAUAAACUCAAUACAGCCAUCCAUAGUCCGGGUCGAUUUAGAGUAAUAGGAACACUUUCGAAUUCCAUAGAUUUUGCCAAAGAAUUCAAUUGUCCAGUGGGUUCACCCAUGAAUCCGGUCAAUAAAUGUAGUGUGUGGUAG